AUGACUAUCUCUCGUGCCCUUUUAGGGCGAUCCUUCCUCUCCCCGAAGCUCAUCCUCGACCGUACGCCGUUAGGGUCGUUGUUCUCAGCUUCUAAGAAGAAGCAGUAUACGCCGACUCUACGUCAAGGAGAGUACCAAGUGCUACCACCACAGCCAAUUCCUGCGCAUAUAAUACGCCCGCCGUACGCUGAUUCGCGCGACGAAAGCGAGUUACGCAAGUACUACUCGCAGCCCUGCGUACAUGCGGAGGUCAAAAAUGCCCGGCAGAUUGAAGCCAUGCGCGCAGCGGCGCGCGUCGCUGCCGACUGCCUAAAGCGGUGCAUGGACGCAACUGCGGAAGGCGCUACUGCAGAGGACAUUGAUCGCUUGGGGCAGGACUUCAUUGUGUCACGAGGGGCCUACCCGGCUGGCGUGGGCUUUCACGGAUUCCCGAAGGCCAUCUGCAUUUCGGUCAACGAGGUCGCCUGCCACGGAAUACCCGACACUCGCCCAUUUAAGCGUGGCGAUGUGGUAUCGUACGACUGCACGGUGUUCCACGAAGGCGUGUUUGGAGACUGUGCCGCCACAGCUGUAGUAGGUGAAGCCACCGAGGAUGUCAACACGUUGGUACGCGUGGCUAAGGAGUGCGUAGACAAGGCGGUGGCUGCCGUUGCCCCUGGUGUCGAGUUCGCACGACUGGCCGAGAUCGUCACCUCGCACGCCAACGCCUUCGGGCUUGGGGUGGUACGGGAGUUUGGCGGUCACUUCAUAGGCGAGCUUAUGCACAUGCCGCCGAUGGUGCAGUUCAAGCACCCCAGCUCAACGCCCGGCGUGAUGCAGGCGGGGCAGGUGUUCACCAUAGAACCCAUCAUUUGCCAGGGCGACCCCGCCAUCUACACCUGGGAAGACGGGUGGACGAUCGCCACGUGCGAUGCGGGAUUUUGCGCGCAGUUCGAACACACGGUCCUGGUCACGGACACCGGCUGCGAGGUGCUAACUCUGCCGCAGGGCUAA